AGAGAGCAGCUGCCCGGUGGCAGGAUCUCUUGGCCCCUAUAACCCCACCCAGAUCAAGAGCUUCUGAGGAGAAGGGUGUCCUCAAGUCGUUCUGCCAUCGAGGGGCCAAACACCUCCUGAUCCCUAAGCAGAAACACUGUGAUGGGAUUUUAAUUCCAGGAUUGCAGAUGCUCCCAGAAGACCCACAUUUUCAAGAAGAGUGUCUUGCAGAAGAUCACAGUUGCCACGUUAAGCCUUUGCUAGAUCCCUCAACCCAAGACCAGAUCUCCCAGGAUGCUCUUCUACCUUCUUUCUGCCUUCUUCCAGCUCCAAGGCGUGCAUGGGGUGAGCAGCUACAAGGAGGACUUCCGCUUCUGUGCUGAUCGAAGACAAACGGUUGAAGGCCACAUCCGUUAUGAAACCCAGCGGGACGCCAUUACUAUCUCCAAUGGAGCUGACGGACUUAAUAUCAGUGCCCCGUUUCCACCGGGACCUCAGCAAUCCUGGGCCUUGCCUUCGCUGUUGGGGCCUUACCGCUUCUGCGUUUACUGGUUUCAGAAUGACCAUCUGUUCAAUCUUACCUAUGGCAUCAGUCAUACUUACCAGCUGAGUAACCAAGCUAAUUAUUCAUUCUCCUCUCUAAAUGUCACCUGCUGGGGGAGCAAAGAUGGGCCCGAUUUACUCAGCAACAUCUCCUACUACUUCAGCAACGGCCCUGACAAUCGCUCCCUUUCGAGUAUGACGGGAUACAAGUGCUUCUUAGCCGAUCAGCUGGGACUCGGGAGGCAGCAAAUAGAUUGGGGGCGGGGCCAAAUAAAAGAUUUUGGGAAAAGAGACCAAAAGGAAACAGUUCAAAUCAGCAACGUGGAAGAAGAAAUGAGACGAACAGAGUUAAAACUGAAGAGCUUAGAAACACGCCUUAGCGGUGACGAAGACGGGCCUCCGGAAGAUCCAUUUUUGUUCUUGCACCAGUUGGAGUCGAAGCUGGGCGAACUGCAGUUCCAGGAAGAUAAUAAGACUUUUGAGGGGACAGUAAUGCAUGCAAAUAUCCAGAAAGUCUCACCCGAUAUUUCUGAAAACCUGCCCAUUGAGGUUUCACUGAAGGAGAACAAAAUCAUCCGUAAAUUUAAAGUUAACCUGCCCAAAAAAGUGUUUGAGAAAACCAGAGACGGCUUCAAGAGUGGGGAAAUGAAGGUUGUGGUUUUGUCGGCUACAAGUGAGACCCUCUUUAAGGAUAAUGAUUCUAACUCUCUCCUUGGUGGAAAUGUGGUUGGCAUCUCAGUGGGCAACAUGCCUGUCCAUGGAUUGCCCGAAGAAGAACGGAUCUCUAUCACCUUUUGGCACCACCUCCUUCCGAGGAAUUUGACUCCCACAUGUGUGUUCUGGGACGUGGGCUCCAAGGCCAGCCACCCUGGCAAAUGGAACACAUCAGGGUGUGAAAUGGUGCAAGAAGAACAUCAAAUAACCUGCUUUUGUGACCAUCUCACCUUCUUUGCGGUACUCAUGGUGUCGUCUCCAGAGAUAGACCACAUCCACUAUGAGUACCUGACUAUUGUAACUUACGUCGGUUGCAUCAUUUCAGCUCUAGCUUCGUUCUUCACCAUCUUCUUUUUCCUUUGUUCGAAGAAAAAGCAGAGAGACCACAUCGUCUAUGUCCACAUGAAUCUCCUCUGGGCCAUCUUUCUCCUCGACAUGAGCUUCCUCAUCGCGGUGCCCCUGGCUCCUACCGGAGGGGACGCGGCCUGCAAAGCUGGCGGGAUGUUCUUGCACUUUGCCAUGCUAGCGUGCUUGACUUGGAUGGCCAUUGAGGGGUACAGUCUCUACCGGCUGGUGGUCGAAGUCUUCAACUCCUACGUCAAGCAUUUGCUCCUCAAGCUUUGCUUGGUGGGCUGGGGUCUUCCCAUAUUCAUCGUGUGUCUAAUUUUUGUGAUCGACCAGUCCCACUAUGGCCCUUUCUCUUUUAAGAUCUACGAGACCGCCGGUGAAUACACCAAUUCAACCAUCUGUUGGAUUACCAAAAAGGAGAUCAACAAUUUCCUGAAUUUGGGCUAUUUAAGCCUGGUGCUUUUCUUCAACAGCAUCAUGCUGGCCACCAUGGUGUAUGAGAUUCUCAAGCUGAGACAUCGAGAGCAUCACUGGGGAUAUGUGGUAAUGCUCCUGGGUCUGAGCUGUGUCCUGGGCAUCCCGUGGGGGCUGGUCUUCUUUGCGUUCGCUUCUGGGACCUUCAAGCUGGUGGCCGUGUAUCUUUUCACCAUCAUCAACUCUCUCCAAGGCUUCUUCAUCUUCCUUUGGUACUUGGCCAAAGUGUUGCAGUCUCGCAGGUCGAAUUCCAUGCAAUGCACGACUUCCAACAGCUUGAAGUUCCAGUCCAGCAGCACCAGCAUCUGACCUUGUCCUGGCCAAGGGGACUUUGGAUAUGAAACGUUCAUAGGAGGAUUUUCCUGGAAACUUCUUUGGUGGACUUGGGUGACUUCAUACCUCUGAGUAGCUUAGAGACGACACUGAUCUGUUUUCCUUCAACAUUUGUACGGCUCUUUUUUGUAAUGUAAAUAUUUUUUUUUUUAAAUUCCUCUGGUGUAAAAAGUUUAUGAGAAUACAUUGAAAUUUAAACUAUGUAUAUUAAAGGCAAAUUUUAUUAGUGCGGAUGUGAUUACAUCUGGAUAAACGUAGCUCAAAAUA